CACAUUAAAACACAGAAAAAUGACAUCGAUGACGGCGGAUCAAGUGGAGAGAGCGGAGAGAGAGGUAAUGAGAUACGCAACAGAGGGAAUCCACUACUACAACGACGAGGAGCUGGAUUUGUUACGGCAAAGAGCGCCGGCGUACUUUGACACGAGGGUUGACUUCAGCAGUCAGUGGCGGCAAACGGAGACAGAUGCCCGGACUGUCCAUGGCGGAUUCAGAGAGUGGAGAUUGGCACCCAUACGUCCUUCAGGUGACUUCAACGAAGGGGGUGAACAACCGUCUCGGCAGGGAGAUGAUGCGGUGGUUCGUUCUGAUGACAAGGGCGAUGCGCAGACACGACCGCAGAAACAGAACCCGGCUUUACGGGACUUGGAGGUGAGUGGCAGUGAUAUCAGCAGCGUCGAGGAGGGCGAGGAAUACGACCCUUACUGGGACGUAAAGCGAGGUGGUGGUCAAGCCACGAAAGGCUGGUGUCAUGCGAUUUUGAUGUUGGCGCGUUAUUUCUUGAAACCGCACCCAUUGAUACGUGUUGUGGACAAGGUGGCAACACUAGACGGGCUUCUACACUUCGCAGCUAUCAAGACGAUUAUGUCGUGCAUCGAAACCGGCAAACGUUGGACUCGCAUUGGAAAAUCAUGGUUUGUUCUCAUACAGAAGGAGACCAUUCUGACGACAUCGAUGUCAUGGGGAACAAAUGGGAACGAAGGUGCGACGGGAACCGCGAAAGCAAUAUUGGAUGCCCUCCCAUGCAAGGAGUUAUUUCGAGAAGCUCUUCACACGUACAUGUCGGAAAACGGGUGCAAUCCACCGCUAGAGGACAUGUUAAUACGCACUAGAACGCAUCUUGCCAUCGUAGCAACAGGCGAUGGAACAACCAGGGGCGCACUUGUGCAAACUGCGAGGGCUUCACCCAACUUCCACGGGAAAGCGGUGCACAGUGAUGUGUCUGUGAAGGCACAGACAGGAAGUAUGUGAGACGUGUUCGGUCGUGGACUCAUCCAUGCGAGGUGUUCACAACAAAGUAACAGAGAGGAUUGUGGUGUGUAUGUAUGUUGCAUGGCAGAAGAGUUGAUAACUAAACUUGCACAUCCCCCAACACGGAAUGACAUCUCGAAAGACGACGUACUGGAGAUUGUAGAGAAGAUGCACAUUGAUGAAAGAACUGUUCGAGACUUCAGCGUCAGAGCUCUCGAUCGCAUUGCAAAGUGCGCAUCAGCAGCAAAAGGUCACAAGAGUGUUGGAGCACACCGCACGCUAGCUCGUGCGAUUAGAGCGAAGAUAAGAAAAGACGGUGGCGAACUGCCUUAGACAAGGGCGCAUGUGGCAUGCCGGCGGGACGAUGAUGGGGGGCUAGGGGGGGAUCAUGAUUUCGAGAAACGGAGGAGGACUGAAGGUGUAUAUUAAGAGGAAGUUUAAGAACAAUAUUGAAUGCGCCACUUUUUUUUUUUUUUUUUCUUGCAUGAACAAGAUAUCUUACCCUGUCAAUAUAUAAUAUGAGAAACAUGUCUCUCUCUCUCUUUCUCUCUCACUCUCUCCCUCUAUCUAUCUAUCUAUCUAUCUAUCUAUCUAUCUGUCUAUCUAUCUAUCUAUCUAUCUCCUUAAAGAAUGUUCAGGCCGAAUCGCAUUGUAAAGUGGUCUAUACAUGAUGGAGCGUUUGAGUAAAAAGCUCAUAACUGG